AUGUCAGUCUCCAAUGUCAAUCUUGAAGAAUCUAUGGUACCCGUUGAGGUGCAGGCGAUUCAAGAGACGCCAAAGGAGAACAAGCUUGCAUCUUCCGCGGGUGCUUUCAAGCCGAAAUACACAAUCUACAAGCCUUCGGGACAAACUCUCUUGGGACAGUUGGUGAAUCCCCUCUACAGUUGGGACCGCUGGACCCUCACGGCGUAUCACGAUGUCCACUUCGUGAAAGAGGAGUGGGUGAGAAUCACAGUGGUCCACAACAACACCGACGAUAUAGCCAACGAAAAGAGGACAUACGAAUUGGGUUCUACCGUCAUCCACGGGUCUGAACAGGUCAACAGUGUUAGCGCAAGCGCUGGCUUCUCUGGGUGGGGCUUCAGCUUGAACGUGGGCGGAUCAAGUGAGAGUAAAACGUUCCAAUCGAACGAGGUCUCGCGAAAAGAAACCCAUGAGCGCAAUAUCACGGUUUCACCAAACAAGAGCGUUUACAUCUACCAAAAAAUCUUUACGUUUCGACUCUCCAUCUUCUUUGUGUGGAGGGAUACCCAGCAGUUCGGUGGCAAAGAGUUGAACUAUUCGAGCAGUUCCAGAUGGGAGGAUGCUGUGUAUUUGGAAUGCGUUCAGACUAUCAACUGUGAUGAGUUCUGCUGGAUCGACCACGAAAUAGAGGCCGGUGAAACCACCGUUACCAUCCCGAAUCCUCCUCGACGAGGAGCCCCACCCUCUAUCUGUCAGUGGAAGAAUCUGAAUGGAGGAUCACAACAAGCCCUAGCUGCAAACUACCCAGGUGCUCCAAGAUAA